AGCACGUACGUAUUGAUUCGUUUUAUUAAUCUUUUAACUUAGAAAACAGUAUUCUUUUUUUGUUUAUAGCUAGUCCAACACCGAGAAAAGAAGUCAAAGCAUGCUAUAAAUGUAAAGGUGCAGAAGCUUGUCGACCAGACAAACUUUCAGGAACGGAACUUCGAACAUCAAGUAUUUUUGGUGCCAACAAUUUAUAUUGCUAUACACAUUUUGAUCCAAAAACAGGUGUUGCUAUUGAACGUGGUGCUUUUGGAUUUGGUGAAGCUUUUGAUAAAAGUGUUAAAUGCGAUGCUAAACAUUAUAUAUGCUGUUAUGAUAACAUGUGUAAUACUCAUACAGCUGGUCUCUGCCCUAGAAAAUAUAAUGAUCAUGCAUAA